CUAAGUUCUAGUUCUAAAUACUUCAUUCAACUUCUUGUAAUAGCUUGAUGCUACCGAGCUGAUCUACAUAUCAGAUAAAUCUGCCAGCUGACAUACAACGUUUACACGGAGGUUGUUGAUCAGUGAAAGCUGAAAAGAACUUUGUCUUGAUGUUAGCUGCUGCAAGAAUCCAGCAAGAUAAGCUUACCCUGAAGGAGAGUGCUUUACGUUAUCUUGACCAAACUGGGCAGCUAGCUUCAAUAAAGAACAAGUGUGUUGACAUCCAGCAGAGCAAUGAAAAACAAGUCCAAAUUUACAGCUUCCUUAUCCUCAUCGAUAUCCAAGAAUUAUGCCAGAUUGAUGCGGAACUCACAAACAUGGUUACAUGCAAGCCAUCAGAUGCAUACACACUGUUUCAAGAAGUAUGUUUCACCGCAUCACACACACUUGGAGUCAUUCCAAAGAGCAUCAAACCAACUCAGAUCCACUGUAAUCUCAGGCUCAAUGGCCUACCUACACUCCCUAGCUAUGUACUGCGACCAAGAGAUUUCUUUGCAUCCAAGUUUGCAUCCCGCUUUUACCAGUUUGUAGGUGUGGUGUGUAGUAUGACUUCUCCUUCUAAAUAUACUCGAUGUGCCAAAUAUAGAUGUCCUAUUUCUGAAUGCUUUGGUUCUGAUGAAAAUACGUACGUUAGACUACACACUGCUGGGGCCAAGGAAGCACAGACUGUAAGGAAUGAUUUUCAUUGCUUCUACUGUGGUACCUUGCUUGUUGAAGAUGUUAAUGGCAGAAUCAUUGGAGAACGGCUUGUCCUAAAGAUGGUAUGCAAGGAUGCAUUUUACGAAGCUUCUUGUCCUCAGUAUCACCAAUCUAUAACAGUGUAUGUGAGAGAUGACCUCAUGCCCACAGUCUUCCUUGGUGGGUGUUUCAAUGUGAUUGGAAUCCCUACUAUAGAAAACCGUGGUUCUAGAAUGUCGCUAGCAUUUGAGGCAAACAACAUAUUGUUGAUUGACCAGCCAUCAAUACCACUGAUACCAAAGACUAUUCCACAGAGGAUUCACACACUCUAUGCAGAUCGUGCAUCAUCUCCAUGGAGUUUCAGUUCAAGCCUUGCCUACUUGUUUGCCCCUGACAUAGCACCACCUGGAACCUUCCACAAACUGAAACUCCAUCUUCUGCUAAGCCUCAUGCAGUCAACACAAUCUGAAAAUAUCCUAGAUGUACUAGCUGUUGGCAAGGACACCAAUGUACUCCACAGACUAAUGAUGCAUGCGGCAUCAUUUGCUAAGCAGCAAAUAUCACACGCCUCAUCCACGCCCAUAUUUGGUCACAUCCAAAAGGACGCACAGACUGGUGCAUGUGUCAUUGAAGCUGGAUCUGUUGUACUGGCACACCAGGGAGUCUGUUUGCUUGGCUGCCUGGAUACAUGGAAGAAAGAUGCUAAGGAAAGAAUGAGAGCAGCAACUGACAGCAGGAGCAUAACCCUGACUGUUCCCCAUACUGUAGAUGCUGGUCCUCUACAGAUAUACACCAUGCCUCUUGAAUCAACCUUGUGGGCCUAUAGUAGUCCCAAUGUUAGAAGGCCUAAAGCAGAUCUCUUUGUGGCACAGGAUAUUGAUGACAUUUCCGCAAAGAUUCCAGAAGGCUUCAGCAUGGUCGUGAUGUGUGAUAACAGCGACCAUACAUGGGAUGAGUUCAAGGAAGCAAGUCUUAUCCAUCAAGCUCUGAUUGGUGCUAUGAAUGUCAAACAGGAGCAUCCUCAUCAAGCCAUUGCAAAUGAAGACUUUAAACAGUUCAUUGAGCUUGCCAGGCAGCAGCCUGCAGAACUGACGAAAGUAGCCCAGCAGCUUAUCCAGGGGUACUUUGUGGGGAGUAGAAGGGUGCGAUCAUCUGGUGUGAGGGGUACACCAUUUCCCCCUGCUGCCCUCAAGACCCUAACUAGUAUGGCAGCUGCCCAUGCCAAGCUGUGCCUUCGUAAAGAUGUCAAUGAGAAUGAUGCUACGCUUGCCAUCAUGCUUUAUGAGGAGUCCAUCACCGCCAGAUUUGGUUAUUCGACCCUCAAUGUGCAUCCCAUCCCACACUUCAGAGACAGCAACAUGACCACCUAUCUAGGCCCAGAGAACGACCUUCGAAUGCAGCAAUUCCAGGAGCAGUUGCGUAGAUUUUGUGCUAAUCAUGAUCCCAACUUCAGCAUCCAUAGUGCAGAGGAUUAGCUAUUCAAAAUACAUGGGAUUAGAACACAACAGAGGAGAGUUGAAGAUAGAUGGAGCUGGAGACUCUUUAUCUCAUGAAAAAGAUCAGUUUAUGAUGCAGGAUGUUUGAGUAUUGU